UAGGCUACAUUAAUAUUUGAUGCGUCGUACGUCAUCAAUCACGUGGUUACAGUACUUUGACACAAGCACCGACACAUUUCGGAAAAGUCUUUCCGAAAAGUCUAAAGAGACUCUAGCUCGGAAACGCGAACUAUUGUCAACGACGUUCAUCUCAGUAGCCUUCCAAGAUUUUAUUGAAGACAUGGAUACGUUUGGUGAGGCAACCAAGAGGUUUGUUAAUUACGUGAAAGGGGAUUUCAUUCCCAACACUGUAUUCCACGACUCCGAAAAACUGUUGGAUCCCACAAGAUUGGUUGUCAAGAUCAAGCCUAGAUUUAGUUUUCAGAAGCCUAAAUACCGUGUGUCGGACUUUAUCCUGGAAGACCUUCUAGGAGAUCUACCAUGUCAAGCAGAGAUUAAAACAAGCAUCUUUCUGCAUGACUAUGUCGAUGAUACUGAGAAGAACCAGAAAGGUCAUGUGGGUGGAGGCGUGUCACAGUGUGGUGGGAAAGUGGAGGGGCGAGGGAGCAUCAAACGCAAAACUACAUUCGGUAAACUAGACCGAAUGGAAUUGACCAAUUUCAUGAAUUUAAAGACUUCCAUUAAAAGGAGGAAACAUAUUCAUGACCCAGGGCUGAAAAAGAAUGAGAAGUUGGUUCUUGUCAAGGACAGGGUAGUGACAAACGCCCCCUUCUCCAUUGAAGGCUCUGACGAGGUGGACGCCUCGAUUACUGGAACAGUAAAUAUCCAAUGGUUGAAGGUGCUUAUAGUUGGAGGUCAUUUUAGGAAAGACGAUUCAUCCAUGAAGCUUCCUGAAAAGACUGUCAUUGCCUACACUGUCAAAGAGCUCAUGGAGCUGAACUUCAAGGAUGAUGACGAGUUAGAGGCGGAUGGUGGAACCUUACCAGCGGAAUUAAUAUCCAAUGAGUCCAUGAAUUGCCUAGACAAAGUACUGGAAGCCUUACCAGAUUUUGAGGAGGAUCUUCAGACCUUAGCUCGUCUUCCAGAGCAGACCAGAUCAUCUCUGUUCGGGGAGCUUCGUGGAAUUCUAAAAGACAGGCCAACCUUUCAAAGGUUUCUAGAAGACACGGUUGAGGACUGGAGUCAGAGUGGGACCCGAGAUGAAUCCGUCAGCACCCUUUUGGAUCAUCUUCCAACGGAACCCAUAGAAGGUUCUCAUGUUGCCACCGGGUUACUGGUCAGCGUCUUAGAUGCCAUGCCAAAUUGGGCGUUAAAUAUGUUGGCCAACUGCAGUUCCAGUGAACUUCAAGCUCUCAACAAACUGGUGUUGGAGCUGAAGACCAAUCACAGCAACUUCCUGCCUCCUGAGACACUGCCUCCCAAGCUGCAAGAAGGCGGGGAAUAUAACUGGGCCACACAACUGCUCUGCUCAGCCAGUAAAAAUCUACAUGACGAUGGUAACCUGUUUCGUGAGACAGGAAUCCAACCAGGCGGGCUGCUAUUGAUCCUGUGCAUUGCAGUUCAAGGGCUCACAUUUUUGAGGAGCUAGUGUAUGAUAGGUGUGGAGGUCAAGGCUGCAUAGAACAGGUCAGAAUAGUCUUAACACAGACCAUAAGUGUGUUGCCAAAUGUCCACCGAGUCCCCCGUCCCCCAUUUCAAAAACUGUGUGCAUGCCAGUGCCUUUUUGUAUUUUUGUAUUUGAUUAUGUUAUUACAGUAAUUAUAUUCCAGGGGCUUAUUAUUAAAGGUGAAGGGUUGUGCAGUGAAGAUCAGUUGCAAUAACUACAUAUUCUGUUUGACCUUUUUUUUCUGUUCCUUAACAAAGUGAGCAUUUUGCAUCAUUAUGUGACUCAAUACUUUUGAUAAAACAUCUUAAUGAGUUGGUUUUUUUAUA